AUGUUUCUCGUGGAUUGGUUCUUCGACGCUCUGGCGUAUCUGGGGAUGUGGCAGAAGGAUGCCAAGAUCCUCUUCCUAGGCCUCGACAACGCCGGCAAGACCACCCUCCUCCAGAUGCUCAAGGACGAGAGACUGGCGCAGCACCAGCCGACGCAGCAUCCGACGUCCGAGGAGCUGAGCAUCGGGAAGAUCAGGUUCAAGGCGUUCGACCUCGGCGGUCACGCGCUCGCGCGCCGUGUCUGGAAGGACUACUUCGCCAAGGUCGACGCCGUCGUGUACCUAGUGGACGCUGCCGAUCGGGAGCGGUUCAACGAGACGAAGCAGGAGCUGGACUCGCUCCUCUCGGCCGAGGCGCUUUUCGGCGUGCCGUUCCUCGUGCUGGGCAACAAGAUCGACAUCGCAAACGCAUUAUCUGAGCACGAAUUACGCUACUACCUCGGGCUGGAGUACUACACCACCGGCAAGGGCAACGUCGAUCUCUCCCACAACGGCAUGCGGCCCCUAGAGAUCUUCAUGUGCAGCGUGGUCCGGAAGAUGGGCUACGGCGAGGGCUUCAGAUGGAUGUCCCAGUACAUCAAAUAG